GCAGCGUUUUGCCGCUCACAUAUCCUCAUGCAUACGACGUACUAUACUAGUUAAUCUCUGUCGUCAUGCCUCCAAGGACCCUUCCCGUCGACAAUUUUAUCUGUAGGUCCUGCUUGUUGGCUUUACGAAAGCGCACUCCCGUUGCGCAAUGGGCACUCCGACGCUCUUCUUCGCAAGCUGCGCAAUCUUUCGCUUCAACGACCCGAUCCCGCCUAACGAGCGAACAAGAAGCCGAACGUCUGAAAACCUUAGAAACAUUAGGUCUUCUAAAAGAAAGCAAGGAUGACGAGAUAUCAGUCAACUAUUUUGAACAGGGGAAAGGUGGAAAUCUACGGCGUCUACGAAACCAGGACGAGUUUACCCAAUCAAUGACAGACCCGGGAGGUCAAGCCGAAACCCGCUUGAAGGAGAUGGAAAAAGAGCUAGAGCAAGCCACACAGUUUUCAAAAAUUGUCGAGGAGAUUUGGGGGAAGCAAGGUGCCGAGAAAUUACGAAAACGAGCUGCGUCCCAAGAUGAGUCCUUACCGAAACCCUCACUACUCCUACCUGAGGAGGAGUGGCCGGCACCACAAGAACGAAAGCAUAUCGUCCAGUUAAACAAUAUGAUACGGACUGUGGGCAGAAAAACUCGUGGUGGUGUCCUUGGACCCAAGCAAAUAAACUCGUUAUGGAGGUACUAUUCUGCUGCUCGGAUAGCUUUGUCGAAGAGGUGGGAGUUGGUUCACGAGGAUAUAUGGGAUUUGCUAUGGCAGAUUCUAGCCGCAGAUCAUCCUAAUAACCCCAACCGAAUGUCCCAUAUCCACACAUUAGCAAAGGAUAUGCAGAAGGCCGGUGUAACCCUACGCGAUGACCAACAACUACUUGCACUCGAGGCCACCUUCAUAACCGGGUUUAAAGAAGAGGCGAUUACAACACAUAAAAAGUUUGUAACUACCCUAGGGACGAGACCAGAAACCUUUGUGGAGUUUUGGCAACUUGGUCUCCGAAUGUAUUGUUUAACAGGCGAUACAACUCGAGCUGAACGGGUUGUCAACACUCUUUUCGAGUCUCCUUUCGAGAAGGAUCCACGAUUCCUAUUACCAUUUAUUCGUAUGUGUGCUGAGAAUCCUGCGACGGUAGAAAAGGGAUUCGAACUAUACCAACGGUUGCGAUCUGAGUUGGGCGACUCGAUUACAAUCGAUGACUAUGACCAAGUCAUUUCCUACUUCUUAGCCUCGAAUGAGACCGAGUAUGCGUUUUAUACAUUCAUCGAGAUGAUGACAUCCGACACCAUCGACCUACGCGGAGGCCAAAGGGGAGCUGCUAGUGUGGCUAGCCCCUUUUUCUACGGCAAAUGGUUGAAACGACUAAUAGGAGCUGGUGAUCUCCAGGGUGCUUACAACGUCUUGCUUCACAUGAAGUCCAAAGGUGUUAUGCCCCAAGCUAUUGUAGUCAAUGGUCUAAUUGGUGCAUAUUUAAGGUCGGGCACUGCUGGCAAUAUGCAAAAAGCCGAGGAAAUUGCUUGGUCUAUGAUCAACACCAGGAUGCAGUUUCUAAGUAUUAGAAAGGAUAUGAAGAACUUGGCCUCUUUCGUCAGGCUACGACAGUGUGGAGAGGGUUGGCCAAGAGCGAACCUGGAAACGUUCUCGCUACUUGCUGAGAAUUAUAAAGAACGUGGCUUACAUCCCAAGAUGGAACAAUUAUGGGCGGCAUUUAGGGAGGCAGAAAUCCCUCCCAAUUCGUUCAUUCUAAACCAGUUGCUGUUCUCCUACCUUCAAGAUGGGCAGGGUAAACGUCUCGCAGAGCUCUCUCGAGAUUUGACCAGCCAAUAUCAGGUUGAGCCAGAUUCAUGGACCUUUAUGGCUCUUUGGCAGGCCUUACCAAUCAAUCGUCUUAUCCAGGUACAACCAGAACAGUUCCGUGAGGAGAUAUUCAACACUCGAUCGCUGUUUGCUGAGAUGGCUGAAUCCGCCCAUAUCUUUGCCGAGAAUGGUGUCGAUGCCCCAUUAGCAAGAACUGUAUUACAUACGUUCCGCAAAGUGGAUGAUAAGUACGGUCUUCUUUUGGCGUACCGAGCAUUCCGGCAGGUAUUCAAAUUUACACCUCCAGAUAUUAUUAUACUUGAAUUAGUUGUAGGGUCAAUGGACCUAGAAAAAUUAGCAAAGGGCAGGGAUGGCCAUCGAUUGAUGUACGCGAGUAAGGAAGUUGAAAGUCAUAUGAGGCGAAGGCACCAGGAACUUAUCGCCUCCGGGGAACUUGGGGCGAGCGACGAUAUACCGGAAGAUGUGAAGAGGGAAGAGUUGGGAAAUUUCUUGGAACAAUACCUACAAGGCCAAAUUGCGCGCCUUGAGGACGAGAAUAAGGCGCAAUUGCUUAUACAAGCUGCCGUGGAGAUGGGCUUGCACGGUGAGGUGCAAAGCCUCCCAGUAGACGCCUGAUAUAUAACAGUCUUUCGACACAUAUACCCCGUCUCCUCUUAUCCCUUCCGUCCGUUUCAAUGUCUAGGUGCUUCUGAUUAUAUCAAGUGAAGCGUAUUCUAGAUUUCAAGAGAAGCACACAUGUACUACAGUAUGUACAGUAGAGCGGGGUCUUCAGCAGAUAAGAUAAGAUUAGAGCUG